ACCAAUAUAAUGAACAAAUCGAUUCUCAAGAUAAUCAGCAUACAUACAUUGAAAUGGCAAAUGCAUCGAGUAAUCAAUAUCCCAUCGUUUUAAUUCCAAGUGACAAUAUUGAAACAAAUACAGCCCAGCAAAGCGAAGAUAAUCAAAAAUCUAUAAGCAAAUUUUUUAAAGCAACGAAAAGAAAUCAAGCUGUGAAUUUUCGAGAAAAUACCCACAAGGAUCAACAAGGAAACUCAUCACAAAUUGAUGACUCCGAGGAUGAGAUUAUUGAUGAUAAUAGUGAAUCAUCGAAAGUUAAUGAACAACUAUCUGAAAUUCAAGUAGAAACUGACGAUCAACAGGAACAGUCUGAUGAUUCGCUGCCCCUGGAAAAGAACAGUAAACCUUUGCGUAUUAAGAAAUCG